AAAAGCUCUUAACUUUGCGCAUGUACGGCCAAACUGAACAUUGCAUCGACUCCAAGAUGGCGUUAACACGUCUGGCUUGCAUUCUGGUCCUGCUCUCAACUCACUGCUACUUCAACGUAUUGGCAGUAAUACUGAAAACAACGAAUGAUGCGCCAUGGGCCAACGAGUUUGAAUCUAUCGAAUUGUCCUGUUUGAUAGAGUCCAUCUCCACAAAAAACCCAAGAAUCGAAUGGAAGAAAAUUAAGGAUGGGGAGCCCAGUUAUGUCUACUUUGAGAAGAAAAUCUCAGGAGAUUUGGAGGGCAGAGCAAUGAUCAGAGAGCCUGCGACAUUAGUGAUAACCAACGCCACAAGAUCAGACUCAGCCAGUUACCGUUGCGAGGUCAGCGCCCAGACUGACCUUAAAUCCUUUGAUGAGAUUUUGAUCAACCUCGUCGUAAGAGUGAAGCCAGUGGUGCCGAAAUGUGCUGUCCCCAAAUCGGUGCCUGUAGGGACGGCGGCAGAGCUGCGAUGCGUGGAGGAUCAAGGUUUCCCCAAGUCUCAGUACCAAUGGUUCCGCAACAAGGAGGAAAUCCCAGAUGACCCCAAGACCAGCCCUAAGUUCAUCAACUCCUCCUACACGCUCAACGCCGAAACAGGCACCCUGAAAUUCAGUGCUGUCAGAAUGAACGACUCAGCAGAGUACUUCUGCCGAGCAAAGAACGACGCGGGCCACUCAGAGUGUGGACCGCAGACAAUGGAAAUCUAUGAUAUCAAUAUUGCCAGGAUCAUCCUGGGAGUGCUGGUGGUGGUGCUAUUGUGCAUAACAGUGGGCCUCUGCUUUGCGUACAAGCGUGGCUACUUCGCCAGCCAGAAACAGACUGGAAACAAUUACAAAGCACCAGCCAAAGGAGAAGGAGUGGACUACGUCAGAGCCGAGGACGAGGGCGACUUCCGACACAAAUCUUCGUUUGUCAUCUGAAGAGAAAGACGAAGGGCAUGGAAGUGAAAGGUGUGGUACUUUGGACGGAACUCAUUAAGUGUGUGAGAUGACCAGUGAGCUGCCACAGUACGUGCCUUGAGCUCUCAGCAUGUCUGAAAUGAUUCAAGUUUGCCAAAGAUGACAAGUUUUCACAUCUAUAUAGAACUGUUAACCAUUGUUACAGACAAGUUUUCACAUUUGUAUAGAACUGUUAACCAUUGUUACAGACAAGUUUUCACAUCUAUAUAGACUGUUAACCAUUGUUACAGACAAGUUUUCACAUCUAUAUAGAACUGUUAACCAUUGUUACAGACAAGUUUUGAAACCAACUUGUUGACCGCUUUCAUCACCAAUCAACUUAUUUUGCUAAAUUAUGGAGUUAGUUAUUGCAUGUUUUAAAAGGUAUUUAACAUCAUCUGCGGGGGAAAAAAAAAACAUUUAUGUAAGAUCUUCUGCUAGGAGGGAAAAAAGUAUUUAGCUAAGUUCUGAAAUAAAUCUAACACAACACAUUUCUACUGUAAACAUUUGCUUCAAAAACCUGUCAUUUAUAACUUUUUUUUUCUACCAGCAAAAUGUCAGACUAUUUUUGAUGGAAUAUAUUUUGAAACGCCUAUAGAUAAAGGUUUACUUUUUUAAAUAUUUGUAAAAUACUAACCGUUUUUUUUAUUUGGUUUUGGGAAAAAUAUCUAAGUUUCAACCACUCAAUAUUCAGCUGUAAACAGUCACCUUUCCUGAUCAUGAAAAAAAAAAAUGUAAUUACAAAACCUAGCAUAUCAAGGUUUUCCUCUAGAAUGGUCUUAGAUAUUUUAUUUACUGCUGGGAUUUCCAUGUUAAUAUUGAAAGAAAGUUACAUGUUGAUGUUUUGUAUUGUAGAUAUAGUCUUAGACAGUAGGAGGCUUCAAAGAGUACCAGCCAAAAGCUAGGAAACACUGUACACAAUCAGUGGUGCAUAUCCUUGAUUUUAAAGUGUCCUUCUGUGCUUUCUGUUUAUCUUGUAUAUUUUGAAUAUACUGUCCAGGUUGGGUUUUUUGCUGUAUGUCAGGAAUAUGUUCAGUAUUUGUAAUAAUACAGGGUUGAUGUUGGCUAACAAUUGUACUGAUUGUAUAUAGAUAAUUGUUUGUUCCCUCCCACCCCCACCAAUCGAGACUAUGGUGAAAAACAUUGGAGAAUAAUCAGAUAUAAAACUACCAAAAGGAGGCAAUAUGAAACUCUUUCCAUGGUUUGAAAAAGACAUGGUCAUGGUAGAGCUGAUCUGCCUAAUGUUAGCACAUAGGAAGAUAUCAAUACUGUUCAAUCAUCUCUACUCCAGGCAAAAAUAACUGAAAACUGAAUUUGAAAUAGAAAAUUGAA